CAGCCUACAUUCUUAGUAAAGUUUGAUGUUCUUCAAAAGCAUUUCAAGUGGUAUGUUGCGCUCAAAGUUUCAGACUUACAUAAUUAUGUAUUUGUAAUUAAUAUACCAUUAUGCAAUCAUGCACUGCCUCGUUAAGUGUACAUUGAUCUGAUAUAUUUGCUGAUUUAAAUGUUUCAUUUCUUCAUUAGAUUCAAAAGGAAGACUGAAACGAUUGACAACACGCACGCGCAGUUGACGAGGCCAGAUUAAGCAAAAGCGAGUCACAUAACGCCUCACGACUUAGAGACUUUACUAAGAAAACAGAUUUAAAAUCCCGCUUACCUCCUUUCUCCAGUCCAUAGUCCUAAAUGUUCACUGACAGUCUUUUAGUACAACCCGAUACCCAAACUACUCUUAGAAAAUUGUCGGCUUCCAUGUCGUAAUCGUUGCGUUUUUUCAGGUAUUCUGAUACAGGUGAUGCUAUGUAGUAACAGUAUGGCGGCAGGGCGAGAACAGCAUCACCAGCUCUUCCUAGAUGUCCUUUCGCCUAAAAUCUUAAGAGUGUAACAACUUUGUUCAUUGCGAUUAUUAAGCCGUCGAAGCCAUACUUUAAGACGCAGUGAGUCACAUUUCUCAGGACUUAAUAUCCAUUGCGUUUUUACGUCUUGUUUCUCUGAAAUUUUCAUGUUUUCUGGUUGAUGAAAUAUGAUAUUCCUUGCAAACCUCGCAGUGAAAUCCACCAGCAAAGUAGUACACUUCUUUCCUAUUUCCUCGAUCGGCCAUGUUGAUUUUCAUUUGUUUUCUCCCUGGGUAGCCUGGCUUUCUAGCUUCCAGUCUCUUUUCAAAUCUAUUUACCCCCAAAAAUAAAUGGGGGAGCUGAGACCGGGCUUUUCGAAGGCGCGAAACCGCGGCGCGAAAAUCAAAACAAAGGGUCAGAACUGAACACAGUCAACCGGAAAUUUAUCUGUAUUGGCCGUUUGGUAAACACUCAAAGAAUUUUAUAUUAGAAAUGCCCGACAAAACUUUAUUACUGGAGGAGGUGAAUGUGCUCAUAAAUGGAACAGUUUCUUCACCACAUAUUGACUACUACAAACAUCUCGACUAUGUCGUUAAACAAGCAAUUGCUGGAGAUCAAGUUGUCUAUAGGAUGGCUAUCCGAAACAAUAUACUGUGGCAGUGGGAAAGUUUAAAGGACCCCGAGAAAAACUACAUUGACUUGCUUAACGAUAUUAUACCAGGAACUGUUGUAAGAAUUAAAAGAGAUUCGAAACGAGUAAAAGAACGCUUACGCGUUACCAUCAGUCGUGUAACAGGAAGCAUAAGGAAAAAAAACAGAUCCGGCUCAGAAAAGCAGAGAAAUGAAAUUUUAAACGGCUGGACAAACCUCAGCAUUUUGGCUGGUGACAUAAUGAAUCCUGGUGAGAUGGAAGAAGAAAUAAAGAGACUUGAAGCAAAAGCCGCAGAUUUAAUGGAAAGGUUGCAGACGUGUAAUGUUGCAGUUGAGGAAUGGAGAAAGAAGUAUGAAAAUCUUGAAGGCGAAAAGAAAAAGGUUUUCGAGGAACUGACAGCGGAAAUCCUCAACAGCCAGGACAAGAAGAAAAUUUCUAAUCUAGAAGCCGAAAACGAAGAAAUAAAAAAAUAUAUAAGAAAAUUAGAGAAAGAGCAAAGGGAUGACGUCAAUGAAAUACAAAAGUUCACUAAGGAAAUGACAACACUCUCUAAACGACAGGCAACUCGGAGGGUAGAAUCUCUCUCAAGCAGAGCUCAGAAAGCAUUAUGGUUUAGCAAACAGUAUGGUUUGGAACUUGAUGCUUUGUGCUUCAAAGACACAGAGGGAAACCAAUAUCCAUUAAAGAUUCCAUCUUCCAAUAGCACAUCACCUGCCCCUCCCAAUUCACCACAACAAACUCCUGGUUCUACCCCUUCUACCUCAUCACAAACUCCUCCCUCUACCCCUUCUACCUCAUCACAAACCCCUGGUCCUGCUCCAUCCACACCACCGCAAGCCCCUGGUUCUCCCGCAUCUACUCGUUCACAAGCCCCUGGUCUUAUGACACCUACCCUGCAACAAGUCCCUGGUUCUACCCACUCCACCCCAACCGGAACCCCUGGUGCUGCCCCACCUACACCACCACAAACCCCAAUUGGUGUGCCACCUGCCAAUGGGUCAUCUUGCCAAGCCACAGUGACUCCAUUAAAUGGGACACCACCAUUGGGCAAUCAGACCACAACACAAUGCAAACGGGUGCAAUACGAUAGUUUGUCAGACAGUGAAAAGGAGAGAGUGGAAGCAGUACUGUUCCUUAUGGAUAAGUUUGCUGUAGGUGAUCCAUUUGUACAUGAGUUGAGCAUGCUGAUAAAUGGGAUGCCAAGGUCAUACCUUAUUAAGCAGUGCCGAGACAACCUUAAUAGCAGUUGCAUUGUAAAGCCAACCAGUGGACCAGAGCCAGGUGCUCAAAUUUCUUUCAAAGAAUCCCUUAUCAGCAAGCUGAACUCUCUUGUAAGUACAUAUCAUUUGCUUCAAAAGAAUGCUAUUCAUUUCUGUUUUUUUUCCUUGAAACAAGCAUAAAAUAAUACAAAAAUAAAUUGCAAACAUUCCCUUAAUUGACAGGCAGAAAAGGGGAAACUGUCUACUGACAAACCAGUCAGAGUAAAAAUCAGUGGUGAUGGAGCCCGCAUGACAAGAUUGACCAACUUUGUCAUACUCAGUUACAGUCUGCUUGAUGAUGAUGAUAAUCUGUUUACUGCUAGAGGUAAGAAACCUUGUUUUAGCUGGUUUUUGCCAUGCAAACAGCACCUUUUUACUGUUUUUUUUUUGUGUCAUAUCCACACCACACUUCUUUUCUGUUAUGUUAUUAUCUUCUAUGAUAAAAACUAUUAUAAUAAUACUUUAUACUCCAUCAUUUAGGUACCAACACUAUUGCCAUAAUGAGUGGGUCUGAAUGCUACGCAUCCAUCAAGGCAAAUUUCAAAGAUUCUUGGGAUGAAAUAAAUAAAAUGAUAGCUGGUGGUAAAGUCUCAAUAAACCAUGGACAAGAAGUACCUGUUGAAAUCUAUCUUGGUGGGGACUACAAGGUUAGAUGUGAAGCUGUUAGAUGGAAGAAGAACUAAAUACAGAUUGCAGUUUUUAGCUACCCCUUUAUCAUAAUAUUUGAUACUUAUAUUGCCCUUAUUUUGAAUAAUCAAAAAAACAUUACAGUUAGCAUAUUAAAAACUACCGACUAGCCUUAAACGUUAAAACCUAAAAUCAUAACAUAAUUUUAAAAAGUAAAAAGUUUAAGCAUUAAAUCUAACAGAAGGCCUCAGAAAAUAAAAAAGUCGUGACUGGACACUUAAAAGUGUUACCAUUCUCUUUUCAGGCAAAUUACCAGAAUAGCCAUGCCUUGGUACCCAUAGAAGGAGGUCACUCAUUACUUCAUUCUUAAUUUGUUUUAUUUCUUUAGUUUCUGUUGUUAGCUAGUGGCCGGUCAGCAGCAACCUCCAACUAUGCUUGUUUAUGGUGCAAGAUCCACAAAGAUCAAAGGUAAAGUUACAGUAAUUUUUGAAUUAAUUAUCAAAACAAGUAAUCAUAAAGGUCAAUACAAAGCAGAAUUCUAUUCCAAGUAUAAAAUACAACCCUGUUCAUGCAAAGAAAAGAGGAGGAACUACCAUUUCUUUUUCAGAUGGGACAUGUCCAAGCCAGGAGACUUUUACAGCAAACCCCCCAUGGCAUUCACCUUGGCAGAUGUAAAAAAACAUGCUACUUCAUCUGAGUUCUGCUGCAUUAACCAGCCUCUCUUAAACAUACCUCUCCAUCACAUUGUCCUUGAUGAGCUUCAUCUCCUUCUUCGAAUCACUGAUGUUCUGCUAGCCAAUCUAAUUGAAGAUGCCAUGGAGUGGGAUGACCGAGAAGAUUUUUUAAAGAGGAGAGGGGAGACCAAAGGCGUUCACUUAAGAAAUCUGACACAAGUGAUAAACAGCUGUGGCGUAACAUUUUCAGUGUGGGAGAAGAAGGAUGGUGAUGGAAAGGGGACAGGUAAAAUGGACUGGACCUCGCUGAUGGGAGAUGAAAGAAAAAAACUACUCAAAAAUCUUCCUGCAAAAUUAGAGGCCUCACAGGAUUCCAUCAAUCAUGAUACUGCUGAGACGGUUAUUAAAAUAUGGAAGGUACUUUUCUAAACCCUAUGUGGAUAUCUUAAUAUACCGGUGUACAAACAUAUGGUAGUCGAGAUUUUAUUGAAAACUUGCAAUUUUCUUAAACUGUUCAAUCCUCAGCUCAUUCAAGUUCUAACAUUUUAUCCACUUUCCUCCAAGGACUUUUCAGAUAUUUAUUUCAACACAGUAUCAUCACUAUUGCCAGAGCGAAGAGAACAAUGUGGAGCAAAGGUAGAGUAGGUCCUAUAUGCAACAUUUAAGGCAAUGUUUGACUUAUUAUUUGACAGGGUUUUCGAAACAGAUUGUUUCCUAAAUGCUAUAUUCCCAAGAAAAGCAUAACCUUUCCUUAUUCUACAGAUACGAGAAUGGGUCAGACUUUUUCUGUCUAUUGCAAAUUCCCGUAAGGGAUAUGCAAACAAGAAUGUGACACCUUACAUGCAUGCUGCUGCAUACCACUUGCAAGAUACCAUUGACAGAUUUGGUAGUGUAAAGUACUUCAGUGGCCAAGGUACUGUCAGAGUUACUGGUUACUUUCACUUAUAACAAACUAAAUGUAUGCCCAAAGUUGUCCUGUGUAUUGCUACCAUGCACACCAAUGACAACAUAUUCAGACAAAUCAGCAAUAGCAAAUAAAAUUAAAAUAUACUUUUUAAUAAAAAAAUUAAUUAUUACAUUUCUGAAAUAACAAAACCAAUCUAAAAUCAUUUUAUGAAACAAAUCUCUGUAAGGGCUUCUCACGAAAGCAAUUCAAAUACUGUAAUACCAAUAAACUAAACUCAACUGAUUUGCCUUUACACAGGAGUAGAAAAAAAUAAUGAUGUGGCAAGAGCAAUUGUCCUUCACAAAUCAAGAAACUGGGAUAGCCCAGCAGAUGUCAUCAGAGCAGAGCACCGCCUUACACAGUUGAGCAACAGAGAGAGGAGAAAAAGAAAGUACAACAAACAAAAUGAGGAGUUCUGGAACAGUGGAAAAAAAGAAUUGAUGUCUAAAACAAAAAGACAGUGUGUCAGUUCCCAACAACUGCAAGAAAAUGAAAGCACUCCACUCAAUAGCAAUGACAGCUGCAGUGAAAUUACCUCAACAGUUAAUUCACAAAAUUCUAACGGGAAUUUGAACAACAGUAAGAGAAAGCAUACAACCACAAAAAGGAAACCUAGUGCUCCUUCUAAAAAGGUUAAAAAGAACAAAAAACAGAAAAAGAAUUAGGACUUGAAAUCAUAUACUCAGUUAUAACCAACGGAUAUUUUUAAGAAUGGCUAUUUGCCUGUAUACAAUUUAACAAAAUACAGUACUUAUUAACUUCAAUAUACAAAAACAUCUCUUCAGUUAAAUAUUUUUGGAGACCAUUUUUUAGAUCUGGAAUUUUUCCAUUCUAAAUUUAUUUGCUUCUAAAUAUACUGUACAUUUCUCUAUGCAGCAACUUUAAUAAAAUCCACUGUUAACUUUUCUAGAAAAGCUCUAGUUGAUUUAGUAACUAUACCUUCUCUUAAAUGAUAGUUCUGGGUUGACCAUGAAAGAAAGUGUCUAAUCUUUAUGGGGAAUAAAACUUUUGUUCCUUGCCCAUGAAGGUCAAGCAAACAAUGCCAGUUAGGAGGAAAAAAUGAUGGAGAAAAUUCUUCUUGUGCCAAGACUUUCCACCUUCCAUUUUGCACCCCCUUCUUUCCAAACAAAUGUUUAAAUACAUCUUCUCUAAACUCCACAGUCACUUGCUUUCUUUGUGUAGAUGCUUUCAGAGAAGUACCAAUGGCCACCCUUAGUCUGGAAACUUCAUUUAAUAUGACAUUCCUCUCUGGUUUGGGAUGCUCAUAGUAUCUGUUUAAAAUAAAUAACAAUAAACAGAAUUAGAAUGACUUAUUAUGCAUGAAAAACAGACAAGAACCAAUUUCAAUGCCAUACUCCGGUACAUUGUUUUCAGUAAACAAGAAAGCUUACUUCAGACAAAGUUGGUUCAAAUGCUGUUUUGGCUCCCACGAAGCAUCAAAAGAACUAAAAUUCUUCCAUUUCACAAGAUAUUCUCUCUCCUUUAAACGAGAAAGAAAAAUAUUUAAGUUUUGUAUUUAAUACCCGCGAAAUUAAGCUUAGUUUGUAGCUUUACAGAAUUGAAGCGAAAGAUACAUUCAAAUUCUCCUAACACGCUAACUGCAAAUGAAAGCAUUCCUCUUUUGAGAAUAUCUAAACUGAUAACUGGCGAAAGUUAACUUUUUAGAGCUUUUAGUUGAACCAACUUAAUGUUUGUACAUGUCUUAAAACAAAAUAUGACCUCUUAGAAUUAUUUCACUAAUAGCAUAAUCUAUUUACAACGAAAUGGAGACUUUUUUGCCCACAUUCCGUGUGAGUUCGCCUACCAAAAAAACCAAACUUACUUGCUGUCCUUCGCGGCUUGAAAUUAUCCUUUCUACCUCAAAGAAACGUCCGCUAUCAACCGUUCGUCUCCUUGGCUUCGAUUCCGGACAAAAAUCUGCUACAGAAAUACUAUUUAAGUCGGCGAAAAACCCGAUCGAUCUCUUCCCACGAGUGCGCAUUUUUCGAGUUGACGCCAUAUUGCUUAGAUGUCACGCUUUAGUCCGUGUUUCUUCCCAGCCAAUGGCCUGCAAGAAUUUCACUUCUAUGAGUGGCAGGUCAAUUCAUAUUCCAAUCUUAGCACCUCCCACUGAUGUCCGAGAUUUCUAGCCAUGACAACCUUUUUGAGCCUUAGGUUUGGGUUGAAGCCAAUGCUGACACACAGUUUCAUUUUCAGGUCUCUCUAACCUGCUGAUCACUGACUCAAGUCGUCGUGUGACUACAACUGAGCUUGGCCCAGUUGAACUAAGCCAAGAAGAGAAAUGUGGUGGUUUAUGGUUCUUGGUUGGUUUUUUACUCUUACUUGUAUCUUAGGAAACUUGUUUGUCGCGUAUUUGAUCUCAACAAGACCAAAACUACACGUCAAAGCCAACUGGUUUGUCCUGUCUCUUGCGCUGGCCGAUUUAUGCGUUGGAUUGAGUUAUUUGCCGUUACUCUUUGCCUCAAGUUUUUUUCAAGAUUUCACCUCCGAUCACAAGGGAAUAUGGUUCAAGGUCAGCCACACUUUUAUUUACUCUUCGACCACCAACUUAUGUGUCUUAACGGCAGACAGAUUUACAGCAAUUACAAUGCCUCUACGAUACACCCUGUAUAUGACUCAGCGACGAUUGUUUUAUUUGGUUGCCUUUGCUUGGGUCUUGCCUAUAAUUUUCUUCACACUUCCUUCAUUUUGUAUUUAUUCAAAAGAGCGGGAUUCCCUCACCUUUGCCUUCGAAACAAUCAGGGUUGUAAUAUUUCAGCUUAUCCCAAGCGUACUGUUUAUAUUUGUUGCUGGACGUUUGUGUUACAUUGCAAAAGGCAUUUCACGAAAGGAGGAGUUUACUUUGACCCAGAUCAGAUUUAACCUCCCUCCUCUACAGAAAAACGCAAGAAGAAACAGCCGUGACGAAAGGAAACCGUCUUCAAUAAAAAUGUUGAUACUGAUUAUUUUCAUUUUCGUUCUGUGCCACGUUGGAGGAAACUACAGAUGCUUCUGUUCUGUCUUCAAUCUAUGCGCCGUUCCUGACUAUGUAAGGAAGGUUAUUGAACUACUUUUUGUCUUUAAUUCAGCGGUUAAUCCCCUGGUGUACGCUUUCUUGAAAAGAGACAUAAAACGAGAAAUGAAGCUGAUAGGCCGGGGUUUCAAAAUAGGAACAGUAUUGAUAACCUAACUAAUGGUACGUUCAAUAUUUUCUUUAAUAUUGUUAUAUCGUAUUCUGGAAAAAGAACACUCAGAAAUAUUCCAUCCGUCGGCAUUUUGAAGCCACCGGGAUACUUUUUGUUUUCGUGUUGGUCCGUAUUGUAUUUCAGAUAGUUGAAACGGAAGGGGCACAGUGCUGCCAUUGUGCCUGAAACAGUAUGAUUUCAAGAGUUAAAUUAAAACAAUUAUUCGAAGCAACCUAGACUAACGUCUGCGCACCUGAUUUGAUGAGACGGUAUGUAGAUGUAUGCGCCUGAAGUUAGCUAUAACCACCUUAUCCCAGGAAGUUCAAGUAGAUUGUUUUUAAUGUUCUUUUGUGAAAAAAAAAAGACUUGUAAAAGAUUCAAUGGCCGCAUGCAUAUACAUGGCUCACUCACCAGGGACGGAAAACUAAUCAUAACUCUGGAAUUUCGUGAAGGACCAAGUGAAAACAUUAUUUACUGAGGUUUUAAUAAUCCCACUUGUCACUAAACCGAAGGACUCAGCUUACUUUGCCAAAUUC